AUGCAGAGCCCGAGUAGAGUCGCCCAUAUCGCUAUUAUUGCGUGCUUCAGCCUGCUGUUUAUAACAAAAGGAGUGAACACGAUAGUAAGCAAGAAUGGGCUGAGCAAUUAUUCGUUUCCGGACAAAUUCAUGUUCGGCGUCGCAACGGCUGCAUUUCAAAUUGAAGGCGCUUGGAAUGAAGAUGGCAAAGGCGAAAGUAUGUGGGACACCUACUUACAUAAACAUCCAAAUUUCACAGUGGAUCACACGAACGGUGACCUGGCCGCUGAUUCUUAUCACAAAUACAAACAAGACAUUAUUAUGAUCAAAUCUCUCGGAGUCAAAUAUUAUAGAAUGUCGAUGUCAUGGCCAAGAAUCUUACCAAACGGUACCGACCACUAUAUAAACAAAGCAGGUGUCCGACAUUACCGCAAGGUUUUGCUCGAGCUCAUUGAAGCCAAAAUUACUCCUGUAGUCACACUAUACCACUGGGACCUGCCCACAGCGCUUAUGGACUUAGGCGGGUGGACCAAUCCGAAGAUGGUGGAUUAUUUUGAGGAUUACGCGAGAGUAGUGUUUAGUUUAUUUGGAGAUAUUGUCAAAAUAUGGACAUCGAUUAACGAGCUUCAUGUACAUUGUUAUAAUGGUUACGAUCUGAAUAAUUUCGUUCCAGCGAUGAAAUCACACGGAGUUGGAUUUUAUUUGUGCUCUCAUUACAUGUUAUUGGGACAUGCGAGAGUUUAUCAUUUGUAUGAUAAGGAAUUUCGACCGAAGCAAAAAGGUAAAAUUGGAGUAACGCUCGAUGCAUUCUACGCAGAACCAAAGGACAGCAACAAUAAAGAAGAUGUAGACGCCGCCGAGCGAUAUCUUCAGAUGCAUUUGGGACUGUAUGCUCAUCCAAUAUACUCCAAAGAAGGAGAUUACCCAGCGCUGGUGCGGGAAAGGAUCGAUACCAUGAGUAAAAUCCAAGGGUAUCCUCGAUCCCGACUGCCAGUAUUUACACCAGAAGAGGUUGACCUGAUACGCGGAACUUCAGACUUUUUUGGUCUUAAUCAUUACACUACAAUCUUGGCAUCUCCUUCAUCGAUGGAGCCAGGCUGGUCAGUGCCUUCUCUCGACCACGACACUGGAGUCAAGUCUGAUCAAGACCCCAAAUGGCCAAUUCCUGGUGCCGAUUGGCUUGCA